GCCGGCGAGACCAUGAAGAAGUUCUCCCGGAUGCCCAAGUCAGAGGGCAGCGGCAGCGGCGGGGCCGGCGGAGGGGGCGGCCCAGGCUGCCCCGGCGGUGGCGGCGGCGGGUCCGGAGGCGGGACCGGAGCCUCAUCCGUCGGAGUCCGCGUGUUUGCUGUGGGCCGCUAUCAGGUCACGCUGGAGGAGCAGCUUGCCGAAGGUGGUUUCUCCACUGUGUUUCUGGUACGGACACAUGGUGGGAUACGAUGUGCAUUAAAACGAAUGUAUGUUAAUAACAUGCCUGAUCUGAACAUCUGUAAAAGAGAAAUAACAAUUAUGAAAGAGCUAUCUGGACAUAAGAACAUAGUGGGUUAUUUGGACUGUGCUAUUAAUUCAGUUAGUGACAAUGUAUGGGAAGUACUCAUAUUAAUGGAAUAUUGUCGAGCUGGACAGGUGGUAAAUCAAAUGAAUAAGCGGCUGCAGACAGGUUUUACUGAGCCAGAGGUGCUGCAGAUAUUCUGUGAUACCUGUGAGGCUGUGGCUAGACUGCAUCAGUGUAAGACUCCAAUUGUACACCGGGAUCUCAAGGUAGAAAAUAUUUUGUUGAAUGAUGGUGGAAACUAUGUCCUUUGUGAUUUUGGCAGUGCAACUAAUAAAUUCCUCAAUCCUCAGAAAGAUGGGGUAAAUGUAGUGGAAGAAGAAAUUAAAAAGUAUACAACUCUGUCAUACAGAGCUCCUGAAAUGAUCAACCUUUAUGGAGGGAAACCUAUCACCACCAAGGCUGAUAUCUGGGCAUUGGGAUGCUUACUGUAUAAACUUUGCUUCUUCACUGUUCCCUUUGGGGAGAGUCAGGUUGCUAUUUGUGAUGGCACUUUUACUAUCCCAGACAAUUCUCGUUAUUCUCAUAACAUACACUGCUUAAUAAGGUAUAUGCUUGAACCAGAUCAAGACCAUAGGCCUGAUAUUUUCCAAGUGUCCUAUUUUGCUUUUAAAUUUGCCAAAAAGGAUUGUCCAGUUUCUAACAUCAAUAAUUCUUCUCUUCCUUCGUCUCUUCCUGAACCUCUGACUGCUAGUGAGGCCGCUGCUAGGAAAAACCAAAUAAAAGCCAGAAUAACAGAUACUAUUGGACCAACAGAAACCUCAAUUGCCCCAAGACAGAGACCAAAGGCUAAUUCAAGCACUGCCACUGUUAGUGUACUAGCAAUUCAGAGCUCAGCCACACCAGUUAAAGUACCUGUUCCUAGUGAAAUUGGUAACCAUAGGCUAAAAGGAACCUUGAAACUUGGAAACAAUCAAGAGAUGGUGUUGACUCAGAGUCAGCAGCCUCCACAGCAACAUAGAGUACUACAGCAAUUACAGCAGGGUGAUUGGAGAUUGCAGCAACUUCAUCAUAUACAUCACCCUUACCAAUACCAGCAACAGCAGUUAUUCCAGGAUGCAUAUGUUCAGCAGCAGGCAAUGCAGCAGCAACAGAUAGUCCAACAACAAUUUUUAAUGCAUUCAGUGUAUCAACAACAAUCUUCUGUAUCCCAGUACCCUGCAAUGAUGCAGCAGUAUCAACAGACUUUCUUACAGCAGCAAAUGCUUGCACAGCAGCGGCAGCCACAGCAACAACAUUCACCUGAGUAUCUUACCUCCCCUCAAGAGUUCUCACCAGUUUUAGUUUCCUGCCCCUCAUCCCUUCCUUCCCAGGUUGGAGCCAUAAUAGACUCUUCUUACAGUGCCAAAAGGGCAGUUCCUGAUGCAGAGGCAGCUGCUACUUUUCCAAAUCAAAACCUCAAUAACCCCCCUGACAUGUCGGGCUGGAAUCCAUUUGGAGAGGACAAUUUCUCUAAGCUAACAGAGGAGGAGCUCUUGGACAGAGAGUUUGACCUUCUGAGAUCAAACAGGUUCGAGGAGAGAACAUCCUCAAAUAAGAAUAUAGACCCACUUUCUGCUUCACAGAACCACCCUCCAGAAGAUCCUUUUGGUUCUGUACCUUUCAUUUCUCACCCAGGUUCUCCUGAAAAGAAGGUUGAACAUUCAUCUAGCAGCCAAGAAAAUAGCAUAGGGAGCUCCAUCAAAGAUCUAAAAACAAAUCAGGUAUCUAAUGGAGACCAGGAUGGAAGAAAAAUUGAAGAUGCAGCUUCAGUAAGGGGGCAUAUGCAGAAGAGGAGUGAUGAAUCUGAAAGUGAUUUUGAGUCAGAUCCUCCAUCUCCUAAGAGCAGUGAAGAUGAAGAACAUGAAGAUGAAGAUGUUCUUCAAGGAGAACAAGGGGAUUUCAAUGAUGAUGACACUGAACCGGAGAAUUUGGGUCAUAGACCUCUUCUUAUGGAUUCUGAAGAUGAGGAGGAAGAAGAAAAACAUAGCUCUGAUUCAGAUUGUGAUCAUACCAAAGCAAAAUAUGCUGAUGGGAGCUCUCUCAGUAGGUACAGAGGCCAAGCUGGAAGCAGUCAGGCCAGAGCUCCUGGGAUGCCACUCUCCAGUCCAAUCCAGUACCCUCCUGCUGGAGAAAGAGUCACCCCCAGACAGGAAUUUGAUGUGUUUGGCUCAGUCCCUUUCUUUGCGCUUCAUACUCAGCAGCUACAGCACAAAGAAACAAAUGAGAAAAAUGUGUCUGCCCCAACUGUUUUUCAUAAUGUGGCAGCAGAGCAGGAUGACUUUGAUGUAUUCACAAAGGCACCCUUUAGCAAGAAGAUGCCAGUGCAGGAUUGCUCUGGGUCAAGGUCUGAGGCACAGACUCUUCCUAUGUGCCCCAGAAGUUUAGACAUAUUUGGCUGUACUCCCUUUCAGCCCCUGCCCACAUCCACACAUGAAAGUGAAAACAAAGAGGAUCUUUUUGGCCUCGUGCCCUUUGAGGAGAUAGCUGAGUGUCAGCAGCAGCAAAAAGUGAAACAGCGAAGCCUGCAGAAGCUCUCCUCCCGUCAAAGGCGCAUAAAGCAGGAGGUAUCAAAAAGUAAUGGGAAACGACAUCAUGGUACUCCCACUAGCACCAAGAAAACUUCCAAGCCCACGUAUCGGACACCAGAGAGGGCUCGCAGGCACAAGAAAGUAGGUCGGCGAGAUUCUCAGAGUAGCAAUGAAUUUUUAACUAUAUCAGACUCUAAGGAAAACAUCAGUGUGGCAUUGACUGACAGUAAAGACAGAGGAAAUGCCAUGCAAGCUGAAGAGAACCUGUUAGAUCCUUUUGGUGCCAAACCCUUCCAUCCUCCAGACCUGAUACGGCACCCCUCCCAUCAAGGCUUGAGUGAUAACCGUGGGGACCACAGUAUAGCAUUGCCUGGGAGACCGAGGCAGAGUUCAUUACAUGGGUCAUUUCAUAGUGUAGAGGGAUUGAAAAUGGAUGAUUUUGGUGCCGUACCCUUCACAGAACUUGUGAUACAAAGUGUCACACCCCAGCAGUCCCCGCAGUCCCAACAAGGAGAGUUAGAUCCAUUUGGUGCUGCUCCAUUUCCUUCUAAGCAGUAGAUGCUUCUAACAAACUUUUUUCAUUGACUCCAAUUUUUAAAAAGUGAAGUCUGUUUUAUGAAUUUUCAAGAAGAUAAUUUGUAUAGCUCUUUGUACCACUCAUUAUUGCAGGUCAAUUAGAUUAAAAAUUAUUUGAUUUUGUAUAAACCAAAUCGAAAAGGAAGCAUUUCAACAGGGUAGUAACUUGGGGCCCUCUAAAUAUGAGGGUUUCUUCUGAAGAGGAGAAAGGGUAGCAGAUAUGAGCCCUAACAAUCAUUUUAGCUGCUAACUUUCUGGCACAGAAAUAAAAGGUUAUUUCACUAAAACAGUGAUAGAGCCUUUGAAGAUAUUAACUUCUGCACUUUGUGCUGUCUUUCCACUCCUGGGCCAAUAAAGGAAGAUGGGAAAAAGGUCUAACAUUUUAUAUGUAUAACAAAGUGAUGCUUCUUGGAUGCACAGCUCUGGCUCAGUCAGAAUCCAGCAUUAGGAAUUAGAUGUACACCCAAGUUGAGUCAACUCAAAUUAAAUCGCUAAGUGAUUAGAAAGCUAUAGGCCUUCAUGUAGAAUUCAUUGGCUUCAGAACUUGUACAUGCAGAGCCAGAGGUGACUGACUUGUGCCUGACAUCUUUUCUUUACAGUAAGUGCCAUUAAUAUAUUUAAAAACUACACAAAUGCCUAAAAUGGAAACUAAAGAUAAGGAGAAUCCUUUGUUUUGAAGAAAAAGAAAAGCAUGAAUGUAGGAAAACUUAGCAGGGAAAACCGCUAGCAUAAUCAGCACUUUUGAAAAUGUAUCCAUUAAUUAUGAAGGGCUGAUUCAUCCAGUGCUUCAGUAAUGCCCCCAUAAUAGAGCAAAACAUUGAGGACAAAUAAAAGAGAAUUAUGCAGACUAUGAAUAAUUAAGGAGUGUAGCUAAAAAAAAUUUCAUUUCAUGAGUAAUUUUACUGCAGAAAUUAUAUAUAAAUCAUGUUGCAUUUAAUAUUUUGUUUACUAUCAUGUAUUGCUCAUAUGAAAACUACUUUAUUUUUGGAGGGUAAAGUAGCAUUUGCCAAGUACACUGAAGUGAAGUACAUUUGAUACCAGUUAACAGGUACAGCAGAAUACAAAGUACAGGUAAUUCCCAUAAGUCUGGUCCUGUUCAAUCAGGCAAUUUCAUAGCAUACCACAAAGCCUUACAGGCAGGACCCUACACCUGCAACAAGUACCUCCAUAUUAAAGUACCUCUUUUCCAAGAGAUGCACACAAUUGUACAAAAAAAAAAAGAGGCAAAAGCAUUAGACACUGAGAGGUAAUUUGUGUCAACCCACUUGUAAAUGAUGAGAUCUUAGUUACCAAAUUAUUUUUCUCAGUACUGCAAAUCCUGCUUGGAAACUUGAAAUAUUCACAGAAAUUUUCAUCAUGUCUGUAAGGUAGAAAUUACAAAUGUGAAUGACUGAACAUCUCUGUGAAAAUAUGUAUAUGUAUCGCCAAUGUUCUCACUACUCCUCCAUUGUCAUAGUGGAUGAAAACAAUUUAAGACUAUUUAAAUGGCUCUUUCUUGAAUUUAGCUUGGAUUGACAUAACAAUAGAAAUUUUCAAGAUAACUCAAAAAGGGAAAAAAAAUCAGUUUGAAUUCUUGAUUGUUAUGCAUUUAAAAUUCAGCUCUUUUGGAACCCUGGUAAUGCAUUUCUGUUAGUAAUUAGUCUUCUUGGCAGUAGAACCCCAUUAGGAUGUCCUAUGUGCAAAUUUUCCUGGGAAGACAUGAAUUAACUUUGGAAAGAAGCCAAAUGUAUAUAUAAUUUAAUUACACACCUAUCUCCUUAUUCCUUUUUUUUUCUGUUUUCUAGAAAAUGCUGAAUCAUAUUAAAAGCUGUGCUAAGGUCAAUAUACAGAAUUAUUUAUAGGGUGGCCACAGGCUAGUAUUCAACUUAGUACUUCGACUUGGAACCGAACUUGAUUGCUCUGUAUAUUAGAUUUUUAUCAUUUGUUUCUUCUUUGUGCCAAAGGCAAAUAUGUUUGCACCUUUUUUUUUUUUUUAAUUCUCAGGUUGAUUAGAAUAAUUAACUCAACUUCAAGUGGAUGUCAGUUAAAAAGAAAAUAAACUGAAAUUACUUCAAAGUGAAAAUAAUUGGAUUGAACAAAUAUUAACUACCCACUAAGGCAUUAUGCUAGGCACUGGAAUAUAAAGUUAGGACACAAUUUGUAAGGGGUUUACGUCAAAUGGGGAAAAAUAUGUACCCAACUAAUUGAGAUGAGAAUGGGUGAGAGGAAGUGCAGUAAUUAAUUAUGCUACUUGGCAAAUUCAUGAGUUAUUCAUGAGAUGAACAGAAAAUGCCAGGCCGUAUACACACACACACACACACACACACACAUAUAUAUAGGUAUACACACCUUAUAUGUAUAGCUACACAUUAGUCAAGAUGUAUAUCAUCCUAUCUUUGAUAACAGCUUUGGUUUUUUUGGUUGCUGGCUAUAUGCCAGAAUUUAAGCUACUAACUUUUGAUAGAAGCAGUGAUGUGUGUGUGUGUCUUUAAUAAUAAUACUAAAUGAACAAUAUAUAGAGAGCAAAUCUUGUAAUCAUCUCAGAUUUUUAGGUCCUGUUUAUUUGCUUGCCUUUCUGAAUGGAAACACUUACAUAGGUAAGGAGGACCUCUUACUCUUAGGUUUGCCAUGUUGUGUGAUAACUACGUUGAAAGAUAUUGUACACAGCACUGUUAAACAUUUUGUGGCACACAUAUUCAGUGUAGUGUGACCCAAGUGAGAACUUUCUCUUUUUUAAGGUUGUCCUAAAGAGAACCUGGCUUACCAGUCAGGUCAACUUACCUUCAGAGAACCUGGCAAGUUCCCUUGAUGUUGAGCCAUUAAUCAUUUUCCAAGGACAGACUGGCCACUGUUUUCUCUCUUCUUAUUCCUGCUACUCUGUCCCUCAGAAAAGGGCCUAAGCGCAGAUUAUCCCACUAGGAAGUUCCACAAAUAAUGUAUAAGGUAGUUGCUUCAAGCAAUUCUCUUUAUCAAUUCAAGGAGCUUCCACACUGAUAAAAUCACAGAUUCUUGAGUUAGUUCAGCCUUGGUUAAAGCAAGAAACUUAAGAAAAUUCAUUUUUCCUUAGUCUUUUUUCUUUGCCCUCUUGUACCCCUUUAACAAUCUUAACUCCACAAUCUAGUGCAUUUUAGCAAUAUUGAGGGAUACAAAAUGCUGUCUCUCUUAAACUGACAAAAUUACUAGUCAAGAGUUCUUUAAUAGCUUUAAUGAAAGGUGUUUGUUACAUUAUAUUUUUUAAAAACUGACUCAUUUACCUAGUUGGCUGUACUUCAAUGUUUCUAUCAUAUUCACUAUAAAAGCAGCCUAGCAUACUAGAUAGAAAGCCUGUCUUAAAAUGAGGAACUGGAUUCAGGUUCUGCCUGUCACAACAUGACUUGUGACAAUGGAGAGGCAAGGCCCUUAACUUGUCAGUGCCUCCAGGCAAUUCCCCAACACUGUUACUUGAUGAACAGUUGAUGACCUGCAUCAGUAGGAGUUUCCUUACUGAGAGGUCCCUAAUAACAGAUCUUGACUUUGUUCCCAAAACUAUUUUCAUGCUAAAAUUAUUUUAUUGAAGCAACUUGACAGUAUCAAAAAGAUUAUAUUUGCUCAGUUACAAAAAUUGACUUUUGUUUGUUGGUUGUGUAUUCAGGUAAGGAAAAAGAUAAAGAUUGGGAAUGAUCAAAAUUUUAAUUGAAUAAUAUUGUUUGUUAGGGGAAAAAAAGACAUCAUUAUGGAAAAUAACUGCAGCUUUCUUCCUCUCCUCCUUUCUCCCCACCUCUCUUCCCCUCAGCUUUAUGUGUAUGUAUGUGUGUAUAUAUGUAUAAAAUGUUAUGUGACCAUAUCUGGUGAAAACAGAUGGAUGCAAUAUUAGUCAUGUCUCAUUUAACAAUAAUUAACUGUCGUCCUUUAGUAGAAAACUGUAAAGAUCUUAGUUUUUUUUAUUUUAAUGCUCAUUAGGCCUUGAUUAUUGCAGUCACUCUGCUGACUUUAUUAGGAUAUUAAGUAUUGCUCAUUAGGUGUCAAAGGAGCAAUGGUACUAAAAUCCCUUGGCUUAAUUUGUUUUAAAUGUGAGCAAAAAAGCCCUGGCUCUAAGGGAUUUUAGAUUUGGGAUGUAUAAUGGAUAUACAAUGAUAAUGACCUUUUCAUUUCCCCACUUUUUUUUUUUGAGUGAAACUAUUCUUAUUGGAAGUACUUUUUUCACUGUUAAUAAGAUCCACAUAUUGAAAUGACACAUCUACUGUGAGAAUGAGAUGACAUGUUUACUGUGAGAACAUAACUGAUAGUUUAUCUGAAAAAUUUUUAUACUCAUUUUAUUUAUAAAUAUAUACACACAUGCAUGCACCUGUCACACUUUACUACUGUAGAGUUAAUGUGAAAUUUAUUUUUUUUAAGUCAUUGCAACAACAAUCAUUUUCAUAUAACUAGGAGAAAAUCAGUUCCUGGUGAAUGAACAAAAGCCACUAAAUUUAAAAGCAGGAUGCAACUGUAAAGGGUAAUGUUAGUGUUUUUUUUUUUUUUUUUUUUUUUUGUUGUUGUUGUUGUUUUAAAUAGUGCUACUAUUGAAAGGAAAAAAAUAAAUAAAUGUUUAUAUACUAA